AUCAUCAUGGGUAGCAUGUGUGUAUGCUAUGUACUUAAAUAUUUAUAUUAGAAAUGUAUUUAGAUUUGUAAAGUGGUGCAGACCCGUUGUCAUUAAAAAAUGUGCAUUUGUAAAGCCCAGCAAAAAUACUUAAGUGAUUGAAAUUAAUGUGAGGGGGGGGGGCUGAGGGGAGGCUUUGUUACUGAAAUCCACAUAGCCAUCCAUAUAAUGAACUUUACCCUCUAGAGUGAAAUUAAGCAAUCAGCAACAGGCUACUGACAUCUGAAUGAAGUGGGGCAAGCAGCAACCCCACAGACCCGUUGUACCAAUCGGUUUGGUCGUACAGCAUAGAUGGGUUAGCUGACAACGUCACGAAAACGAUGGGCGCGCUUCCAUGCGGCGUGUUGUUGUGAUUCUGGAUGACCAGAUUGCUAACAAAGCUGACAAGAGACUGCCAUGUGGGAAAUGUAUACUUUAUACCAUCUCUUGUUUUGAGGUGUUUUGAUUGAUUUCAUGUCAAUGUUAAUAUGGCAAAAAUUCGCUAGCUAACUAACCAACAACUGUAACGACGUAUUUGAGAGACAACAACUGCAAAUUGAUUUAUGUUUUCAACAAAUAUUGUAAACGAAAUAUAGUUUACAUGUUGUCAACAAAAGCCAACAACGUCAGUUUUGCCACAUAGUUGCGCACGUGUCGGUUUUGUUGCUAAAUAGCCAACCCGUCUAUGGAGCCAAUGCGUUCCCAGGAUAGACGCAUAGGAUUAGCCUUCUAAUCUUUGAACAAAGCACCUGCUUCAUACACUGGCCGUGACCGCAAGGUUGACUGGUCACUAAGGUCCAUGCAUUCCAACUGCAAAGGACUCUGGGAGAGUUGCUGAGAACCCCGUUUCAAUCAGGAGCAACUGUAGCUGCCGUGAGGUAUCCAUGGGGACCAGGAGGGUGCUGGUGACAGGCUGUUCCUCUGGGAUCGGGAUGGCUGUGGCUGUAAGACUAGCCAAGGAGAAGGGAUUCAAAGUGGUUGCCACCAUGAGGGACCUAGAGAAGCGGGGACCCCUGGAGAGAGUGGCUGGGGACACCCUGAACAGAUCCCUGGAGAUCAGACAGUUGGAUGCCUGCUGUGAAGACUCCAUCAGAGAGUGUGUGGACAGCCUGCAAGACAGACAGGUGGAUGUACUCGUGAGUAAUGCAGGUGUAGGCAUGAUUGGGCCGUUGGAGUGUCAAAGUAUGUCUGACAUGCAGGGGCUCUUCGACACCAACUUCUUUGGCUUGGUGCGGCUGGUGAAGGAGGUCCUGCCUGAUAUGAAGCGACGUCGAAGCGGACAUAUUGUGGUGAUGAGCAGCAUCAUGGGCAUUCAGGGGCUACUCUUCAAUGAUGUCUACUCUGCUUCAAAGUUUGCUGUGGAGGGGUUCUGUGAGAGUCUAGCAGUACAAGCCAUGAAGUUCAGUGUGAAAAUGACACUAGUGGAGCCUGGUCCGGUGGGGACGGAGUUUGAGAGGAAGGUGUACGAGGACGCUGAGAAGAUGGACCUCGCGGGGGUAGACGAGGAGACUGCUAGGAUCUUCCGUGAGAUCUACCUGCCCUACUCUAGGAAGGUGUUCAACUCUCUCGCACAGACACCCGAGGAAAUAGCAGAGCAAACACUUCAACUGAUCACAGCGAAGGAGCCUCCGUUUCGCCACCAGACCAACCGUGUGUACAUGCCCAUGACUGCCCUGAAGCACGCAGACCCUACCGGUCGUCUACCCCUGGACACCUUUUAUAAGCUGUUGUUCAAGCACGACAGUCUAUUCACUGCCAGUCUGGGGCUGCUGCGCAUGUUGCAGAAGAGGGCAGGGAAGAGCUCCAAAUGAGCAGAAGGUUGGAGAGACAGAGUGAAUAACCUAGUGAGGAGAGAUAGGGGGAUAGAGAGAGCAGAAGGUUGGAGAGACAGAGUGAAUAACCUAGUGAGGAGAGAUAGGGAGAUAGAGAGAGCAGAAGGUUGGAGA